UCUGUAUCUUGGUUUUUUUGUGGUGGUAGGAAGGAUGCUGCUGUGAAUUCUUCUUUGAAUGUGUUUUAGACACAUUUUUUUCUAUACCACAGGAGGUGUGCUUUCUGGAAUUUUUUGGGAGUAAUUUUUUUUGGGGAAACCUUGUUGAAAAGAGCUUACUCACAAUGUUGGGCUUGGAUGUUUGUGAAUUUGGUGGACAGUUUCUUGAACUGCUCUGGUUAACAGUUUGCUACAGAGGCAUAAUGGCUGACAAAGAUAAAGAUGUGCCAGUGGUUGAGGAUGAAGAUGAGCCAGAUCUGAACUACCAGCCUCCGGCUCAGAAGAGCCUGCAGGAGAUCCAGGAACUGGACAAGGAUGAUGAAAGCCUGAACAAGUACAAGCAAACCCUCCUGGGUUCUGGACCUGUGGUGGCAGAUCCCAGCAUUCCUAAUGUUCAGGUGACCCGACUCACUCUGAUGUGUGACCAGGCCCCUGGACCCAUCACCAUGGACCUGACAGGUGGCCUCGAUGCUUUGAAGAAGAAGAACUUCACCAUGAAGGAGGGAGUGGACUACAGGGUGAAAAUCCACUUCAAGGUCAACAGGGACAUCGUGUCUGGACUGAAAUAUGUGCAUCUGACCUACAGGAAAGGACUCAGAGUGGACAAGGCAGUGUACAUGGUGGGCAGCUACGGUCCGAGAGCCGAGGAGCAUGAGUUUAUCACUCCGGUGGAGGAGGCUCCGAAGGGCAUGAUCGUUCGGGGAACCUACCACAUCAAAUCCUACUUCACAGACGAUGACAAGACAGACCAUCUGUCGUGGGAGUGGAACCUGCAAAUCAAAAAAGACUGGGACAGUGCAGAGUAAAGAGGUCUUCCUCUGUCUCUCUCUCCCAGAUGCAUAGCAACAUACCCAAUUUAUCACUGAUGUUUAAAACAGAGACAUAGGCUAGGUAUAUAUGGUUUUGCUGGCUUUGCAAGUGAUUACAUAACAAUUAGUCGUAU